GCCGGAUUCUGUGUGUAACCACCAUCUCUACCGCCCGCUCGUGCCGCCGCUGCCUCACCGGCCCGCCAUGUGGAAGCGCGCCACCUCCCUCCUCCUCCGCCACCACCGCUCCGCCCUCGGACCCCGCUCCCCGGCGGCCUCCGCCGCCGCCGCUUCUGGCCUCUCCCGCACGCAGGCGCCGGCACCCCUCUUCUUCUCUACUCUCGAUGCGGCGGGGACGAGGACGAGGGUGGAGGACGUGAUGCCGAUCGCCACGGGGCUCGAGCGCGAGGAGAUCGAGGCCGAACUCCAGGGGAAGAAGAGGUUUGACAUGGACGCGCCCGUCGGUCCCUUUGGCACCAAGGAAGCUCCUGCUGUGAUUCAGUCAUACUACAACAAAAGGAUUGUUGGUUGCCCUGGCGGUGAAGGAGAAGAUGAACAUGAUGUGGUGUGGUUUUGGUUGGAGAAAGGCAAGCCACAUGAAUGCCCUGUCUGUACUCAAUAUUUCACGCUUGAUGUGAUUGGGCAAGGAGGAUCUCCAGAUGGACAUGAUGAUGACGAUGACCAUCACCACCACCAUCACUAAGGUUCUGCAGCGCAUGGCAAUAAAAUGCAGUGCCAAUACCAUUUUGGCCACAGCCUUGUGAAGCUGUGCAGAACUUCAGCCUGUUGGCCUUGUAGUGUUCAGUAGACCUGACCAUGUCAACCUGUUUGCCAAUUGCCACACAGCUAGGAAGCUGGAACAUCACGUGGUUUUUGUUACAUGAUCCUUACAGAAACUCGGCUAUAUAAAUAAUGGGAUUCAUUACACAACGGUGCCCUUUUGCUAUUCAACAACGUUCUGUUGAAACAAGAUAAAAGAAAAACUUAUUUAUCAA